ACUACGUGCAGUAAGCUGUUGUCAUUCGGCUCUAGAGAAAAAAAUGGCGUUUAUCCUAUCUCCAAAUCGCAUAUCACUGAAAGUCGAUUGAUCAAAUAGUUAAUAAGUAGUGAUGUUAAUUUUCAUUUAUUUUCGAAUCGAAGUGUGUGGUUUUGUUUGAAAUAAACUCCGUGUGGGAAGAUUUGUUUCCGUGGAUCAUUAUUGUUGCGUUAUGUGCGUAAACACAAAUUGUGAGGUUAACGAUUGUCACAAUAUUAUCGGUCGAAUUUGUUCUAGUGAGAACGCAAAGUAGUGUAAAGUUUUUUCGAUAGUACGCUGUAAUUGUAAAGAGGGAGUGUGAUCGAUUUGCCGGAUUUGGCGAGUGUUUUUAUAUUCGUUGACUGCGUACUAUCGUGACAUGUCAUUAACCGAGAGGAUGUCGGAAAAAAAUCAAAUAACUCCUCAGCCGAUAGUUAAAAUAGGUCAUUACAUACUUGGCCAGACGCUCGGUGUCGGAACAUUCGGCAAGGUGAAAAUCGGCGAACAUCAACUUACGAAGCACAAAGUCGCCGUGAAAAUUCUUAAUAGGCAGAAGAUCAAAAGCUUGGACGUAGUUGGAAAAAUAAGACGGGAGAUUCAGAACUUGAAGCUCUUCAGGCAUCCGCAUAUAAUUAAGUUGUACCAAGUCAUCAGCACUCCGACCGAUAUUUUCAUGAUAAUGGAAUACGUAUCAGGCGGAGAGCUAUUCGACUACAUAGUCAAACACGGGAAGCUGAAAGAAUAUGAAGCGAGGAGAUUUUUCCAGCAGAUAAUAUCUGGAGUCGAUUAUUGCCAUCGUCAUAUGAUAGUACACAGAGAUCUGAAACCUGAAAAUCUUCUUCUGGAUCACAAUUUACAUGUCAAAAUCGCAGAUUUCGGCCUGUCCAAUAUGAUGAUGGACGGGGAGUUUCUCAGGACCAGCUGUGGCUCGCCGAACUAUGCAGCACCGGAAGUCAUUUCCGGAAAGCUCUACGCCGGCCCUGAAGUCGAUAUUUGGAGUUGUGGGGUCAUUUUGUACGCACUACUCUGCGGGACGCUUCCUUUUGACGAUGAACAUGUACCGACGUUAUUCAGGAAAAUUAAAUCUGGUAUAUUUCCCAUUCCGGAUCAUUUAAAUAAAUCUGUCGUGAAUCUUUUGUGCCACAUGCUGCAAAUAGAUCCCAUGAAGAGAGCUACAAUAGAGGAUAUCAAGAAGCACGACUGGUUUCAGAAAGAUCUCCCUGCUUACCUCUUUCCUUCACCCGUAGAACAAGAUUCUUCAGUCAUUGAUACAGACGCUGUUCAGGAGGUGUGCGAAAAAUUUGGGGUGAAAGAACAAGAGGUGCAUAAUGCUCUUCUUUCAGGAGACCCUCAUGACCAGCUGGGAAUAGCUUAUCAUUUGAUCAUAGAUAACAAGAGGAUAGCAGACGAAGCUGCCAAAGCCGAGUUAAAAGAUUUCUAUGUUGCUAGUAGUCCUCCUCCAGUGUCUUUCAGUCCGAAUGAGCUAAGCCCUAGUCCGAUUAGGCCUCAUCCUGAGAGGAUCGGACCUGCUCUAAGAGACAGGGCCAUGAAUUCUCUCAACAAAGAUGGUGUUAAUGAAAUUGGUCGCAAUGCUAGCACCCCAGUGAAAAGAGCAAAAUGGCAUCUUGGCAUUAGAUCCCAAAGCAAACCUUGUGACAUCAUGAACGAAGUUUUCAGGGCUAUGAAAGCUCUAGACUUCGAAUGGAAAGUCAUCAAUCCCUACCACGUUAGGGUGCGCCAUUCUACACCAAAAUCUGAAGAUGAAUACACAAAAAUGUCAUUGCAGCUUUACCAAGUUGAUUAUAAAAGUUACCUCCUUGAUUUUAAAAGUCUGGGCAGCGAAGAGGAUCCUCUACCGAUGGAAGAUAUAACAAAUCUUCAGCAGACGAGUGGACAUCACACGAUGGAAUUUUUUGAGAUGUGUGCCAGCUUAAUUACUCAGUUGGCCCGAUAGUUUGGGUACUUAAAAGUACUUUAUGUAAACAUUAAAUGUACAAACAGCCGCUGCUGCUAAAUACGAUCAUUUAAGUCAUUUAUGUAGUCAUAAACUUGCAAGAAAAUCAUUGUUCCUCAAAUUAAAAUCUAAAAUGUUAUUGUUGUUAACAAAGCAUGCAAUAAAAAAAUAGGGUUAAAAUAACAGUUGAAUGUUGUAACAACAAAAGUAAAACUAUUUCUUGUUAUUGAAAUUUAAUACAUCUGCUAAUAAAUGUUGUAAAUAUUUUACAUUUUUAAA